AUGGGAAAACAGAACAGUAAGCUUCGGCCCGAGGUUCUCAACGAUUUGCGAGAGAACACAGAGUUCACUGACCACGAGCUGCAGGAGUGGUACCGCGGUUUUCUCAAAGACUGCCCCACCGGCCACCUUACGGUGGAGGAAUUCAAGAAGAUCUACGCCAACUUUUUCCCUUAUGGAGAUGCUUCCAAGUUUGCGGAGCACGUCUUCCGCACAUUCGACACAAAUGGCGACGCCACCAUCGACUUCAGGGAGUUCAUCAUCGCCCUUAGCGUGACAUCACGUGGCGGGCUGGAGCAGAAACUGCGGUGGGCGUUCAGCAUGUACGACCUGGAUGGGAACGGGUACAUCAGCCGGGCAGAGAUGCUAGAGAUAGUUCAGGCCAUUUAUAAGAUGGUCUCUUCAGUGAUGAAGAUGCCCGAGGAUGAAUCUACACCGGAGAAACGCACAGAUAAGAUCUUCAGACAAAUGGACAUCGACAAUGAUGGUCGUCUGUCCUUGGAAGAGUUUAUUAAAGGUGCCAAGAGUGACCCAUCCAUUGUCCGACUGCUGCAGUCCGAUCAGGGAACCUCUCGUCAGUUCUGA